AUUUUAGUUUUGUUCGCGUUACCGUCUGCUUCUCCUGACGCACCAAUUCAGUGCAUUUUCCAGCAGAGAUCACAGGCUGGGAGGAUGACAGCUCGAGUGUAUUUCUUGUUGACUGCGUGUUUGUUCGGACACUUGAGCAUAACUUAUGCUAUUCAAAAACAAAACACAGUGGAUGGUUUCUGUCCGGUGAGGCUGACGGUUGUGCCAUCCCAUCAAGGAUGUUCCUCUGAUGAAGACUGUCCUGGAGGGCAAAAAUGCUGUCAAUUUGACUGUGGGCCUGUUUGCGUGCUGCCUGUUUUCAAGAAGCCGGGUCAGUGUCCCAUACCGGAGAUGAUUCCACUGUGUGCUAAAAGCUGUUUCAACGAUGGCCAGUGUCCUGCCACACAGAAAUGUUGCCCAACCACCAGUGGCUUAGCAUGCCGUGAACCACGUGGUCAGGGAAGAGGUCAGACAAGUUGCCAGGGAAGCGGCUACGGCGCGGGCCAGGGUAGCGGCUACGGCGCGGGCCCAGGGUAGCGGCUACGGCGCGGGCCAGGGUAGCGGCUACG